AUGUCCAAAGGAACCAUUGCUGGCAUAGUUGUUGGAGGAGCUUUUGGGAUUUUACUUUUGGCACUCAUUCUCUAUUUUGUGCUAUAUAGAAGAAAAAAAGUUGUUCAUGUAACUCUUCUACCAGUCCCGGGUGCGUCCGAAGAUCAAUAUAGUCAACUCCAACAUGGUUGUGGAAGCAGCUUGGAUAAGGCCUCCGAAUCGACUACUAUUGCUUCUCCGAGGUUGACAGGUAUUACGGUUGAUAAGUCAGUGGAGUUUUCGUAUGAGGAGUUAGCCAAAGCUACUUACGGAUUUAGCGCGGCAAAUAUAAUCGGUCGAGGUGGCUUUGGAUCUGUUUACUACGCCGAGCUUCGAAAUGAGAAAGCUGCAAUAAAAAAGAUGGAUAUGCAAGCAUCAAAAGAAUUCCUAGCUGAACUAAAGGUUCUGACACACGUUCAUCACUUGAAUUUGGUGCGACUAAUUGGAUAUUGUGUCGAGGGCUCCUUAUUUUUGGUUUAUGAAUACAUUGAGAAUGGAAAUUUAAGUCAACAUUUGCGCGGAAAGGAUCCAUUAUCAUGGCCAGCUAGAGUUCAAAUUGCAUUAGACUCAGCAAGAGGACUUGAAUACAUUCACGAGCAUACGGUUCCUGUCUACAUUCAUAGAGAUGUUAAAUCAACAAACAUUUUGAUAGACAAAAACUUCUGUGGAAAAGUUCGCUAA